AGUCGGGUAGCUGGUGGAGAUGCUGAGGCUGACCCGGCUCUGCCUCCUGUGGCGGCGACCUCCGGCGGCGGGGGUCCCGGCCAAGAACCUCGGCCUCAGGGAGGUCGCCACUGGUGUCUCUCCGCCGGGCAGUGCCUCGCUCAGAGCCCUAAAUAUCUUUGACCGCGUUUUGAAGAGGAAACAGAAGAACUGGGCGGCCCGGCAGCCCGAGCCAAUGAAGUUUGACUACCUGAAGGAGGAGGUUGGAAGUCGGAUUGCCGACCGUGUAUAUGACAUAGCCAGAGAUUUCCCCCUUGCUUUGGAUGUUGGUUCUGGAAGAGGUUACAUAGCACAACAUUUGAAUAAGGUAUAUUUAUUUCAUUGCAGGAAACUGUUGGAAAGUUUUUCCAAGCAGACAUUGCAGAAAAUGCUUUGUUUGCACUGGGUGAAUGACCUUCCUAGAGCACUUGAACAGAUUCAUUAUGUUUUAAAACCAGAUGGAGUGUUUAUUGGUGCAAUGUUUGGAGGUGACACACUCUAUGAACUUCGGUGUUCAUUACAGUUAGCAGAAACGGAAAGAGAAGGAGGAUUUUCUCCACACGUUUCUCCUUUCACCGCUGUCAAUGACCUAGGACAUUUGCUCGGGAGAGCUGGCUUUAAUACACUGACUGUGGACACUGAUGAAAUUCAAGUUAACUAUCCUGGAAUGUUUGAAUUGAUGGAAGAUUUACAAGGUAUGGGGGAGAGUAACUGUGCUUGGAAUAGGAAAGCCCUGCUGCACCGAGACACGAUGCUGGCGGCCGCAGCGGUGUACAGAGAAAUGUACAAAAAUGAGGAUGGUUCAGUACCUGCCACAUACCAGAUCUAUUACAUGAUAGGCUGGAAAUACCAUGAUUCACAGGCAAGACCAGCUGAAAGAGGUUCGGCAACUGUGUCAUUUGGAGAGCUAGGAAAAAUAAGCAAUCUUAUGUCACAGGAGAAAAAAUCACAAUAAAUAUUUUAUUCAGUGUUAAUGUAGUCCAGAAUUUUCAUCAGAGAUGGGUGACUCUCACAUCUAAAAUUAUUAUAUUUUGAAGCAAGAAGCUUAUAUAAGCUAUUUACCAGCAGACGUUUCUAAUAAUUAGAAUAACCUAGUACUACAUCUAUAUUUAGUAACCAUUUCAGUGUCAUGUGGUUUGGUUUCUAUUUUCAUAUGGAUACUGUUAUCUAGUGAUUUGAGUGCCUUAUUUGCAGAUUCAGCCCAAAAGCAAGAAGAUAUUUCUCUGAAAAAUCCACGAAUAUGUUCACAUAUAUAAAUGCUUGAGUGGAUGGAAAAAUAUUACUCAUGCUAACAUUUUGUACCUUUUUCUCCUUCUAAUCUUUGGUAUUUCUGUGACAGGACCAUAGCCAUGGAGAUGAGGACAAAUUGGUAGAUUCUCUAGCGUUCUGGCUCAUUUAGAAUAAAAACAUAGACUUGUUAUAAUGAUUACUUUAAGAUACUUAAGCCAAAAUUAUUUGUCACACUGUCGUCUUUGUCAUGAAGAGACAGAGGAUGAUGUACCUCCCCAGAGCUAUUAUGUAGUUUUGUACUUUAGAAGAGUGCCUCUUUAUUGAAUCUUUCCUCACCUUUUUUUUUU